AUGUACUGAUGUAGACCCAAAACAGUUCAAUACCAUGACUAGCAACUAGGCCUAGGUCUAUAGCCAUAUGAGACGCAAUUUUCAAAGGCAACCCAGAGGCAAAAUGCACUGCAAUCUGACUGAACCCAUAUUUCCAAUAGUGCUCCAGUUCUGUGGUAUGGUGAUUCCUCAGAACAUUACAGGGAAUCAUCAAUUUGCCUGCCAUUUUUUUCUCAAAGAUUUCCUGAAAAACGUGCCUUCUAUCAAUUUGCCUCGUGUGACUGGCACAGCUUUAAAAUUCUUUAUUCUGCAUGCAUGCAGUGUCACUGAUUGGAUUGUGUCACUUGAAACAUGACUGCGGAACCUGUUGGCAACUGUCGCAUCAUGAUUUAUUCAUACAUGAUGUCACAAAAAUAAUGGUGAUGUUACACCUCACAACUAGGCUACCAUGCAGGAAUAAGAACACAUGGCCCCAAAGUCGGGAGAUGAUGCUAUAGUGACAUGGCCAGCAGAGGCAUAUAUAUGCCCCAACCACAAAGCGUCAACCCAACUAAAAGUUGGGACUGCCCCAACUACAGUUGGAAUUAAGGCUGGCCUAACUUUAUUUGGGGCCAGUGCUAUACUUUUGGUAUAACGGGCCCACAUAUGCAUUGUUAAUGUGGCAGUGUGUGGUUAUGGACUCUGCGCAUGACUAAGUUUAUGCAUUCUGAGGAGAAUUCAAUGAUCGAAGGUCAGAGGACACCAACCAAAAUAUCACAUCGCAUGUUUUUACUGGUCCCUGUGGGCCAGCGUAGUGUCCUCUUUGCACCUAUCUGAUUGACUGACCCACUGGCACAUGGCUGACUCACUGACCACACUGUCACCUGUGAAUUAGACUGGUUGUAUGUUGAUGAAGAUCUGUGGAGCAGGGCAGUGCUGUUGAGGAAUGCUCUGUAAUACCAGCGAAUGUCUAAAUACGGGCCAUUUUGCAGACUGGAUGCAUGAAAGACUUCCAUUGAAUAGCCUUUCUGAAUCAUUUGCAAUUGCAUAGAAUUCUGUGCCCUAGUGGACCAGCUUUACUAGCUCAGUACAAAGAGGCGCUGACAAAAAACUUCAACAGGGUUACAACUCGAGAGUGCUUGUAUCUGACAAAUUCGGAGGCAGCCAUUAUCUGUGGUGGUGAAAGGUUCACGCGAGUCGCACUCGGUAGUACAUGCACACCAGCUCCUUCAACCAAUAGGAAUAACAAAAUGCGCGUGCACCUCAUUUUUAAGAAUGUGUGCAGCAUGCGCGUGAUCGUGACACCUCCGUAGUAAAAGCAUCUAAUUCUUGUCGGUGGAUUCCACUAUAUAAUAAUGAAAUAAUGAAUGAAUGUAUCCUCUUUAUCAUCAAUUUUUUUUUUACUUUACAGGCAGCGACUAGUAAUAGCAUGGAUGGAGAAUUCUCUUUGCUAUUUGCGGCACCCAACUUCCCUGGUGUCCCACAAUCGAAUCUCCAUGUCAGGCUCAGCGAGGACUACAACCGUAAGAGUCUGCCAUCAAAUGAGAUCAACAUUGACCGAAUCUGGGAACUCCGCAGGAAAAGCAACCCCAGGCUUUACAAUGGAUCCAAGUUUCGGUUCCAUGCGAUUGAAGUCGACAGCAACGGUGGUGACUGUAGCAGUUGUUCGGCAGGGGUCACAUUUCAUCUUGGAAUUACUGGCUACAAAAACUUCAUGGGGACAAACUGGGCGGACAAUGCCACGGAGCUUUUAGAAUCCGGAGUGAAGGACUUUGCCAACAGUCAGGCCUACAUGUCGGAUGCCUUGGGAGUGGGUUCGCUCGUACACACUGCAGAUGAGUGUGUCGUUCUCAUUCGUCGAAGCUCCAGUGUCGGUGAAGCACAAGGAUUAUGGGAUAUACCUGGUGGACAUCCAGAACCAGGGGAGGUCAAGGGAGGCUCAUCAAAAAUGGAAGACAUCACCUUGUCGGACAUCUCAGAACUUGAUGUCAGUAAGGAGCUCGUCGACUCUGCGAUGAGAGAGAUCCGAGACGAAAUAAACAUUCCCAAGUCCAAGCUUGAAGAACCACAUCUGAUGGGAGUGACAAGGAAUCACACAAGCUCGGGAAGACCCAAUAUGCAAUUCUUUGUCAGGUGUACCCUGCCUUCCAGUGAAGUGAGGCAGAUGUACAGAGCUGGUGGAGCAGAAGCAGAAGAGUCCACAGCACUCAAGCUUAUUCAGUUAUCAGAUAUUUUCUACCUGGAAAGUACAGACAUGUGGAAGGAGAUGGCUCCAGCUGCAAAGGCCUGUGUUAAGUUGUACACUACCCUAAGGAACAACCUGUCAGACUCUGAAAAUAACAUAACAUAGCAUCAGUGUAUCCUCCCUUUUGGCCUCUUUGUCUCAAAAACUUGGCCUGACUUUGGAUAAAUGCCACAGUCAAAUAUUAUGUAACAUGUAUUCUAAUUAAAAGAAUAUACAAAUAUAUUGUGGAAUUUUCCACUAAACUCUACCAUCAAACCUCUUACAUAGGUCACAUGUGGAAUUUCAGAUUCUUGUUUCUACACUAUUCUGUAUACAUGUAUAUGCAAUGUCAUACAUGUACAUGUGUAUAUAAAAACUGCUUUUGCUUUGCAACAUAAUUGAAACAUUUGUAAAGAUUUAUUCACAAGGUAACAUCGAGCUUUAGUUUUUGUUUUUUUCAGUCUAGGCAGCUAAUGGUAUGUCUUAAGAGUUAUAAAUUAUGUGUGGGUUGGUUCAUUUAAGCUGACCUUCCCUGUAAUUUUUUUAAAGAAUUGUAGUAAGGUAUAUUUUUGAUGAAAAAAAGUAAUAUUGUGCAAUUUUGGUGUUCUAUUUUUUUAAUUGUUUUUUUGCUUGCUCUGAGAACCAGGCACACAACUGGGAAUUUAGAGAAAAAAACCGGGGAAACUCCAAAUCACACAAGACUUUGUACAGUAUUAUUCAAUUGUAAUGGCAUUCAUGAGAGGUGAAACACAAGGAAAUCAGCAGAUCUGAGGAAAAGUUGCAUGCCUUGAGAACAUGCACCUAAAGCUUGAAUUCAAGCUCACACCAUGUGUCUGGGAGAACCCUAAAUUUUGCCAUCAAUAUCCGACUAGAUGUCAAUAAAAGUACUUUUUCAAAACAGGGUUUUAAAAAAUAGCUUUUGUUUAACCUGAUGGCAUGUUGCCAACCAAAGUAAACCCAGUGUUACCUCAACUACAACUCGUACUAAAAUAUUAUACUUGUUUUCCCUUUCAAAAAAUACAUGUCGAAUAAAAAGUAUUUUGGUUUUGUAGAUCCAUAUGUCCAUGAACUUAUCUUCAUGAUAUAUUUCCAAAGUAUGAAGUUAUAGAUACUAUGAAACCUUUUAGACUACGAUAUGAAGUUCAAGAUGUGCGAGUUUUUAUGAUGUAAUAAAAUACAUUGGAUAAAAGUUUGAUGAAA